UGAGGAAUGGUCAGCCAUUAUCUCAAUAGCUCACGAUGUGUAUGUAUCGAAGUCGAUCUUCGGAACUAACUUCCACAUAUCCCUCCAUUCCAACACGGGUUCACUCGACAGCUUAUCAACCCCCGCGGCGUUAUUGGUUUGAUUGAAUCUACAAAAACCUUCAAGUCUUCGAUAGCCAGACAAUGAGCAGCCCGACCAUGGAUGCCAGCAUCCGCAAUACUCAGCGUGCGCCGCUCUCAUGCAUAAGCUGUUACAAGAGGAAAGUCAAGUGCGAUAAGAAAAUCCCCUGUGGACAAUGUAUUCGACGCGGCGCAGUGUCAACCUGUCGUCGAGAACAGGUCAAGGUCAAAGGCCAGCUGAUACAGGUAAAUGGCGAUGUCGAUUACUCCGGAUCCACUUAUCAGGACCUCGUUCUCGAGAACAUGGCCCUGAAAGCACAAGUCCAUGCGACGGCGUCUGGCGUGGCGCAAUAUCCUGCCACCGACGGCGACGACCUUUUCGUCCUCGAUGAGAUGACUGAGGCUCCAUCGGUCCACCUGUUUGAUCAUAUGACCUACAAGCAUUCCCCUCGCACAGUGUCGUGUUGGGACGAUGUUGUCUUUCCAACCAGAGAGCAAAGUGGUUAUCUCAUCCUCCAGGCUCGAGAAAGGAUUGCGUGGAUUCAUUACGCCUUGCAUCACCCGACAUUUGAGCAGGAGCACGACUAUUUCUGGAACCGAACAAGUACUCAUGAAGAUCGUCUGGCCUAUGACCCUGCAUGGCUAGCUAUCUACUUUAGCACACUCAGUGCCGUCCUAGUGUUUCUCCACGACGAGGACACCCCGUCCUCCCCCGCCUCGAGGUCUUUCGUACCAUCACCGAUGCGGAAGUGGUAUGAUACGGCAGUUUUCUUCCUGGAAAAGGCCGACUACCUACGUGUCCCCACGUUGAUGACUGUACAGACGAUAGCAAUCCUAGGCAUUGUGUUCAACAACGUCGGCGACUUUCACUUCCACCAUAAUCUAUGGGGUGUUGCUGUACGAACGGCGCAGACGAUCAAGAUCAACAAUGAACAGUAUUUGGCUUCACGGCAUCCAAUAGAACGGGAGGUCUGCCGAAGGGUUUGGUGGACCCUGACCAUCUGCGACUGGUUGCCACUGCCACAGAGAACUCCCACGCUUCUGGAACAAGAUUUCAACGUCAAUCUACCGGCCAUUAAAGACGACGAUGAGCUGGCUGGGGCCAAACUUCGCCCGGCCAGCCACCCUCGGAAAGUCCACUAUCACAUCGUCAUGAUCCGCAUAGCCACGGUAUAUUACCGGUACCGACUCGCGUUGAGGCUGGGCCGGUGGACGAACUCGACGAUUGUCGAUCUGGUCACCAAGACGGACGACAGACUGGCUCAGAUCAUCGGCGAACUCCCAACCUGGCUCCAGAACGAUGCUGGCACUGGCGGUGGCGCCCUUCCAGCAGCGGCGGCGCACCCGCGGCCCAAGUACCGAGACGUAGAUUAUCCUUGGAUAUCGGGGCAGAGGACGAAACUGAGCAUGCUGUUGCAUAACGUGAGGAUCACCAUCAACAAGUCUCUCCAGAACUUGUGGUUGGAUCAAGGCUUGGUGUUUCAAAGGGUGCGCUCUAUAUGUCUUGACUCUUCGAACGCAAUCAUCUCUUUGGCUCUAGACGGUGGCGAACCUAUCGAAAGGCUGAAUUCUUGGGCCGUCGUGGCGAAUCUAUUCUCUGCAGCAGUGACCAUUGCCACUGAAGAACAACUCCAAGGCGGCAGUGUCAACGAGGACCCUUCUAGCCCUGUGCGGAGGUGCAUGGCUUUCUUUGAGUCGGUCCAGGAGCACAAUCAAGUGGCAGUUGCUGCUCUGGAAAUGCUUCACGCCAUAACCUCGAGAUCUGGGUAAAUGAACAAGCAUCUUGACACCACUACCAGCAUUCAUCACCAAACUACGGGAACUAGCCGAAUAUAACAGUAGGCUCAUCAGUAACUCUUCACACCUGCAAGCCGGAGCACGGUGUCUGUCUCGACGACAUCGUUCACCGGCCUGACUCUCUUACAAGCAUCCGGUUUGCCGAAGCGCAAUUCGUCCACACUCGUGCCGUCAAAGAUGUUCAUGUUUGGCCAGUGCGUCUGAAGCAAUGAUCAGUGAAUAUGCUUUUCUGGUCCGACAGCAAAACGAAUACUUACCGUUGGCUUGCGCUCAUGAAAGAGCUGUGCCUUCAACUUGAGAUCUUUUUCACUGGCGAACCGGGCAGGUGCGUAACAAGCGUCUUUUGUGUGCCAGCCAGUUAGCAAACGUCGACUGAGGAUGUGUCUUGUUGGGGGAGGUGGGGGGCCAAUCUUACAAACGAUUGAUCUGACCUGCUGACUUUCCGGCAGCCUGUUGUAGUGAAUCGUCCGGGAAUCCCAGAUGAUCAAGUCCCCUGGAUCAGCGCAGACUUUGACGACCUCGCAACCGGCCUCCUUGAACCAGUCCACUUCCUCGGCGAUAAAGGAGAAAUAGUCCUCUGGACCCCACGUCCUCGGCUCUGGUGGCAUGCCGUGUUUCUUGAAGUACUCUGCUAUGAGGUUAUGGGAGCCUCGGACCACGACCAGGCCCCCGUCCUGUGGUCCAUUGGGAGCGAAGUUUAUGAUCCCCUGCGCACAGACUAGACCCUUGCGUUUCGGCGACUGGUCGAUAUGAGGCCACGGCUUCACGUCGGCACGCUCUGGUUGUGGCAGUGUGAAGUUCAUCCCGUCAAAGGAGACGAGCAAUUCGUCCGUACCCCAGAGUUUGGCAAAGGCGUCGAGGACUCCCGGUUCGCUGUGUGCGAGUACUUGUCAGUUUGGGGACGGAAUCUGGAGCAGUUGAGGCCCCGGCCGCGGUGCAACUUACGUCCGAGCGUCCCAGACAAAGUCCUCGUGCGGAGUUCCAUAUUCGUGGUACAUUCCUCCCCUGGGCACGCAUGUGUUAGCUUCUCGAAGAGCAAAAGCAAUGAAGGUUUUGUUCUGGGGGUUCUGUCGUUACUUCAUGUUCCUAGGAAGAUGUUCUGGUCCCCAUGUCGAUGGAUUGUGCCUGUCAAACCCGUACGGAAACGUCUCCAUCCACCGGUACAUUCUUUCGACGUAUGACGAUGCCCUUUCAGGACUGAUUACACCUUUGACAACAACAAAUCCGUCUCGAAAGAGAUCAUCACGCCAAUCACCAUGAUGAAUGCUUGUGUCGACGACUGAUGAGAUUGGUUGUUCGAUUUUGUGAGGCAUUCUUGGAUGACUUUUUGAUGAUGGUUAGUUUGAUGAGAUGGUUGGUGUUUCAAUAUAUAGAGAGAGAGAGAGAGAGUUAUAUAUAUGUGUGUGUGUGUGUGUGUGUGUGUGUGUGUGUGUGUGUGUG